UUCUCAAUCUGCUGAUGAGGAACUAAUUUUUGUGUUUGUUUAGAUGGCGUCAUUAUCCUGAUGACGUUGGUGCGACCUUAGCUUAACUCACUCAGGCCGUAUAUAUGUGUACAAAGCGUCAGACAUGGACGAUGCAGUUAGCUGUCUUGUUGAUUUGUGUUUUUUUUGUUUUAUAAAUUACAGCAAAUGGGAUGUUUGCUAUUAUGUAAUUAAAUCAGGCCAAAAUCCUGAGAGCCGAAUCAGAUUUAAAUCUUAAAGAUGAAAAGAUUUAUUUUAUUUUAUUUUUAAUCUAUACAGGGAACGGGUUCCACCCUGUUACUAUGUGAGCGACAAGUGGCUGCGGCUUUUUGCAUCUCUUAUCACUGAGUCAACAAAGAAUCUAUGAGAUAGAGGCAGCGUGUGAGAGAAGCCGGACGAUCAUUGAUUUGUGCAGCACAAGCGGCAUUUUCUCUUCAAAAUAAGGACGUUGCCAGAGGAAGUACAGGAGCCUCACAAAAAUCCCCUCUGUCAUCCAUCUAUGUUUCCUCGCUGAGUCCGAAUCACAAUGGCACAGGUUGCGCUGUUUUCUAACCUCACUCAGGACUGGGUCGAAAGCGUGGAGCGCUGGCAUCUUCAGCUGUUCUGCAUCCCCACGGCCGUCAUCACGUUCGCCACCUUCAUAGCCAACCCUGUUCUGCUGGUGUGCAUCUUCCUCUCCCGCGCUCUGUGCAGGGAGACCCGCUACCUGCUGGUGGCCAACACCCUGGCCGCGGACAUGCUCUUCCUCCUCCUCAACCUGGUCACGUUGAUCAGUAACGCCGUGGGAGCCCAGAUACCCUGGGUUGUUUGCGAGCUCUUCACGGUGGUCCUCGUCACGGCCUACAGCUGCGCCAUCCUCACGGUGACUCUCAUGGUGGUCGACACCUUCGCCGCCGUCCGCUGGCCCCUCCGUUACCAUAACCUUCUCUCGCCGGCCCACACCCUCACCGUACUGGGGGUGGUGUGGAUCCUGUGCUCCAUAUAUCCUCUCACCUUGAUGAUCCUGAUGCAGGAAGAAGACAUUCCCCGCGAGAAGGUACCCGUGUGUCUGGCUCUCAUCUCCCUCGGUUUCUUUCAGGUCAACACUGUCGGGUGGAUCUACAUGUACUUCUUUGUCGCGGCGCUGAUCUGCACCUUUCUCAUUUUAUACUGCUACAUCCGUCUGUACAUGGUGACAAGGACGCAAGGAAUCUGGCACAGCCGCUUCUCCAGGGCCCGGGUCACGGUGCUGGUCCACGGGGUUCUGCUCCUGCUCUACUUUGCCCCCGGUUUCGUCUUCACCCUGGAGCUCUACAUGUUGCAGAAGGAAGGCAUCAGUCCGGAUCUCCGGGUGUGGAUCAGCACGGUCAACGCUAAUGUUUUAAUGCUGCUGCCCAGGGCGUGUGCUCCUUACCUGUACGGGCUGCGGUACCGGGAGAUCGCCGAAAGCCUCACCCUUCUGCUGCAUUGGCGCCGAAGAAACAGAGAAAACACCUCAUCAUGAAGACCCUUGAGAGCUGCCUUCAUUUCAGACUCAUUACCACUUGGCGUCCAUUAUAUCUAGUCAUUUAUACAUAAAACGACUAGAUAUGUAUGGUGCGGUCAGACCUAGUUUAUUUUUAUUUUUAAUUUUUUUUUGGUAACUGGUUGCCUGAAGGUCUAUUUUGUUCAGGUAUCGUUCAAGCAUAUUAUCUAACUAUUGUGUGUAAAUAUAUCUCAGUAGAGACGUUUUGCAAUAUGUGAUGCCUACAGGAUCAGAUUAACUGCAUAUGAUGUUCUGAGAUUCAUUUUGGAAAUGUUAUUUCUGUAGGACCAAUAUAUUGUCAUGUGUUGUACAUUUUCAGAAAAUCUAUGGUUGUGAGAUAAUGGAACGCUUUCACUACAAAAGAAAUCCCAGCAGACUUCUUUGAUUUUCAGUUUUAAGAUGAAGGUUCAUUAAUCUGUCAUAUAUUUGAGCACCCAAAAACAAAUCUGUGUAUUUUUUUUUUGUAAAUAACCCAGGUAUAGCUUUCCUCUCUUUUUUUAAUUUCCAGAAAAAAAAUAUUCUCUUGAGUUUGAUUUUUUUCUAAACCACUGACUUCCAGAAACUGCAAGCAGCUUUCUAAGCUGAAUAGCUGACAUCCCACCUUCUCUAUAAUUGCCUAUACCAGCACUUACUCCACCUUCCUUGGACUGGACCUGAGGUGCAAUGUGUUGUGCUUUUUCCUUCUGACCCACGUAGAAGUACACGUCUCUGAACUUUAGCUUGUAAAUUCUGUUUUGUAGUGUUAAUGUUGCUGCCUUUGCACACCUGGAGAGCUUGUUGCCUCAUUAAUUUAAAUGAAAAGGUUAUUUUGAUCACAUCGUCCCCAGUUCAUUUGCCUACUUAUCUGAUAUGUUUUCUAAUAAAAGCAGUAGGAUUUCUGGGCGCUGCACCAUGGAGCAAUUCUUAGCCCGGCUGCCUUGCAGGAAAAAAAUUUUUUAAUAAACGUUUUAUUUGCCAGCUGAGGUGCUUCCAUUCUGGGUUUAAAUGUUCUCCCCUGUGCAUGUUUGGGUUAACCUGCAAACCAAAAACAUGCAUGUCAGAUUAGGUUAGUUGAACGUACGCUAACACUGCUGUUAGGUCUGACUGUGUGAGUGCAUAGUUGUUUGACCCGUUUGUCUAUGUUCACCUGUGAUGGAUCUGUCCACGGUCUAUGCUGCAGGUGACCCGCAUGGCCCUGCGUAGAUAAAGAAUGGAUAGAGAGGAGAUGGAAGGGGGUUUCAUUUUCCGAUGAUCUCACUUCAGUGGUUAUGCAUUUUAGCCGUCUUGCGCUCUCGACGCUUUAAAUCUUUAUUUUUAUUACACUGCUGAAUGAGUCACAAACACAAACGAUCACCUCUACUUUGUCAAACGCAUCCCACACUCUUGAACUAAAGGACAAGCCAUGCUAUUCAA